UCUGUGGCCAUUCCUCUCUAUCCAUUUUCCUGUCUUUUUUAUUACUAUUCUCAUCAACUUAUAAUUAUUUUAAUCAAAGGGCUCAGCUCAUCAGUUUCUGCAACUUAGUACAAAUUCCAAAACCCAAUCAAAGUGCUUCUGCUCUCUUUCUUUGAGAAGAUUGGGGUGUUCACUCCCAUUCUCACAUGGUCUGGUGCUACAUGUUAGGAGUUUAGUUAAUGCUCAUUAUAAGCUUUAUCUUCACUUUCCUUAAUUAUAUAUUAUUUAUUUAUUUUAUAUUUCUUAUAAUGAAUUAUGAAUUUAGAAACACUUUUAUUCCAAACCAGUAAUGGUAAUAUGUGGAAAGGUAAUAUGGGGUCUGUGUUUGCUUCUUUAAUGGGCUAAUCAAGUGACUAAAACCGUUGAACAAAUGCUUAAAAACAUUUCCUCAUAAUGGUAAUUUCCCAUGUUGGGUAGCUUGUGGAGCUUUAUGGUAGUGCCAAAAGAAACACCCACACACAUACUCCUCUCUCUGUCUUUCUAUUUUGCUGCAUUUGGUUUGAAAUGCUGAGGCUUGAACUGGUUUUGUGAAGUUGUUGCAGUGUUGGAUCUGGUUCUUUUUAACCAGGCCUCAAAUGGGUUUGUGAGUUUUCUCAAAUUUGGUCUCUGAGUUUGAAGGUUUCCUGCUAAAUUUUCAGUUUUUAGUGUUGGCUCUGUUUUUAUGUGCUUAGGCCUGAAAUGGGUUUUUAAGCAUUUCAAUGCUGAGAUCUGAUUUCUGCAGAUUUACUGGUCACAGUGAGGUACAAGAUUCUGUGAGUUGGAUUUGGUAACCUACUUUUGUACUUCAUAACAGUUCAGUUGAGAGCGAGAGGUUAAAGCAAAAAUGGCUCCAAGCUUGGAUUUUUCCAGGUGGUGGGCAAAGGGCAAUACAAGUAAGGGUAAUCCAGUGGUGGUGACCAUGGAGAACCCCAAUUACUCUGUGCUGGAGAUAAAUGGUCCUGAUGAAGUAUUUAGGCCAGUUGAUAAGGACAGAGGCAAGAAUGCUAAGCAAUUUACAUGGGUUUUGCUUCUAAAGGCGCAUAAAGCUGUUGGUUGUGUUGCUUGGCUGGGAAAUAUUCUUUGGUCAUUGCUUGGUUCCAUUAAGAAAAGAUUGAUAUUUGGGCAAGGAGUGACUGUGGAAAAUGAGAAAUCUGGAAAAGGAAGAACCUUGUAUAGGGUCAUUAUGGGAUUCUUAGUCAUGGCUUUAGCUUUUCUGGCUUUUGAACUGGUCGCCCACUUGAAAGGUUGGCAUUAUUUCCAGACCAAUAGUUUGCAUAUCCCCCAAACUUUGGAGAUUAAAGGAUGGCUUCACUCAGUUUAUUUUGUAUGGUUGGAGUUCCGGGCCGACUACAUUGCACCUGCAAUUCAAGCUUUGACUAACUUCUGUGUUGCUCUCUUCUUAAUCCAAUCCGCCGACCGUAUGCUGCUUUGUUUAGGUUGCUUCUGGAUCAAGUUCAAGAAGAUUAAGCCAAGGUUUGAAGAAACCCCAUUGAAGUCAGACGAUUUGGAAGGUGCAGGAUGUUAUUAUCCGAAGGUUCUUGUUCAAAUUCCUAUGUGUAAUGAGAGAGAGGUGUAUGAACAAUCUAUUUCAGCAGUCUGCCAAAUUGAUUGGCCCAAAGAACGCUUGCUGAUUCAAGUUCUGGAUGAUUCUGAUGAUGAUAGCAUACAGUGGUUAAUUAAGGGAGAAGUAGCCAAGUGGAACCAAAGGGGUGUUAAUAUUAUCUACCGACAUCGUUUGGUUAGAACUGGUUAUAAAGCUGGGAAUCUCAAAUCGGCAAUGAAUUGUGAUUACGUGAAGGACUAUGAGUUUGUUGCAAUCUUUGAUGCUGAUUUCCAACCAAACCCUGACUUCCUCAAGCUGACAGUUCCCCAUUUUAAGGACAAUCCUGAGCUGGGGUUGGUUCAGGCUAGGUGGGCUUUUGUUAACAGGGAUGAGAACUUGUUGACACGCCUCCAAAACAUCAAUUUGUGCUUCCACUUUGAGGUGGAACAGCAGGUUAAUGGGGUUUUCCUCAACUUCUUUGGCUUCAAUGGUACUGCUGGAGUUUGGAGAAUCAAAGCACUUGAAGAAUCUGGAGGCUGGCUCGAGCGUACAACAGUAGAAGACAUGGAUAUAGCAGUUCGCGCCCAUCUGAAUGGUUGGAAAUUCAUAUUCCUCAAUGAUGUCAAGGUCCUUUGUGAACUUCCUGAGUCUUAUGAAGCUUACAAAAAGCAGCAGCACCGUUGGCAUUCUGGUCCGAUGCAUCUCUUCCGUUUGUGCCUUCCAGCCAUCAUUAGUUCUAAGAUGAUGUUCUGGAAGAAGGCAAACUUGAUACUACUAUUCUUUCUGCUUAGGAAGUUAAUUCUCCCAUUUUAUUCUUUCACAUUGUUCUGCAUAAUACUUCCUUUGACCAUGUUUGUCCCUGAAGCUGAGCUGUCCAUGUGGGUUAUUUGCUAUGUGCCCGUAUUUAUGUCAUUCAUGAACAUUCUUCCUUCCCUUAGAUCCUUCCCCUUCAUUGUCCCUUACCUUCUGUUUGAAAACACAAUGUCUGUUACCAAAUUCAAUGCUAUGGUAUCCGGCUUGUUCAAGUUGGGGAGCUCAUAUGAAUGGGUUGUUACCAAGAAGGCGGGUCGGUCAUCAGAGCCUGAUCUGUUAGCUGUGGAGGAGAGGGAAUCUAAGGCCAUGAACCACCCACAACUUUACAGAGGAACUUCUGAUAGUGGGCUCUCUGAGCUCAACAAAUUAAUAGAGCAUCAAGAAGCUGGUCCUAAACCUCCUGUGAAGAAAUUGAACAAGAUCUAUAAGAAAGAGCUAGCCCUGGCCUUCCUGCUGCUUACUGCUGCACUUAGGAGCCUUUUAUCAGCCCAAGGGGUACAUUUCUACUUCUUACUAUUCCAAGGUGUAUCAUUUCUACUGGUGGGGCUUGAUCUAAUUGGUGAGCAGAUGAGCUAGAGAUUUGAGGUGCAAAAUAAUGGUACAGAUUAAAAUAAAGGGUGAAUAAGAGAUGGGAACCAAUUUGGUUUUCAAAAUGGUACCCAAAAUUGGCACUGGUAGAUGCAAAUAGCUGCCCAUAUAGAUUCUUUUUCUAGCUUUUGUUUGUCCUUGUAUUGCUGCAAUCAUUUUUUGGGUUCAUUUGUGACACGGGCGAGUCUUCCACAUCAAAUCCUCACACCAUUCUUGUUUUCUUGUUUGGUUCAUAACUUAUUGGUGAUUUUUAUUUACAUAUAAGAAUUCUGUGUGAUGUUUAUUCCAAUACCAGAUAGGUUGAGUUCUGUAGUUUGAAUUUUCAAAUUUUACACAUGUAAAACUCUCUGUAUAUUUCAUUAGUUCAAUUGAUACCAGAUUCUCUCUCUC